ACUCUUCGAAAAUAAAUCAAAAAAAGACCGAAAUAAAUCAAACUCUCAGAUAAGAAAGAACCCAAACACAGAAAAUAAAUCGAAUUCUUUUGCCAAAGAAACGGCGGUGACGGGUGAAUAAACGGAAGCCGCCGGCGGUGAUUUACAAGCAGUGAGAAAGGAGGCCAGAGGGUGAUUAAUAAACAGUCAUUGACGGACGACAGUUUGUAGAGAACGACGAAUACGUAAAGAAGAAAGUGAAGAGUGACUGAGAACUCAGGAGAGAAGAAUAUGGACUUAAAAUCAAUGGCGAAAUCGAAGAGAUCACACACCCAACAUCACCAACCCAGAAAACCGCACCAUUCUUCCAAAUCUACUACUUCUUCAUCUUCUACUGCCUCCAAAAAAGAUAUUAGGGAUAGAAAGAGGGCUAUUCAACAGCCACCUUCACUCCCUUCCAAUUGGGAUCGAUAUGAAGAUGAACAAGAACAGAUUGAAUCUGAAGAAACACCCAUCAGAAUCAAUGCGGGUUCUAAUGAGUCGGGUCAACCCGCAAUGUCUAAAAAGGUUGGUGAUGAGGAUGUGAUUAAACCCAAGAGUAAAGGCGCUGAUUUUAGGGACUUGAUUACUCAAGCUCAAGAAUCCCGCACUUAUUAUUCCCCUUCUUUUGAUGAUAAAGUUCCUGAGUUCUGUCAGGGAGUGGCACCAAUGCUUGCCGUUAGGGGUGAAAAACUGAUUUUACAGGACUGGGAUGAUGAUUUUCUUAUGGAGGAUGAAGUGACUGGUACUCAAGAGGCAUUGUUUUUGACCCUAGAUUUAGAAGACCUUGCAGAGCAGCUAUCAAAAGUAGGUUUUGCUGAAAGACUCUUCAUUGAACCAGAUCUUUUGCCUCAAGAAAUGCUUGGCCAAGAUGCAAAUGACGCCGAUAAUCAGGUACCUGAGAGACGCAGGGUUGAAAGAGUUGAUAGUUUUGGUGAGUUAUUGGCUCUAUAUUUGGAAGACGAACAAAUGGCUAAACAAGAUAAUGUGGAUAAAAGUAGUACAAUGUUCUCAUCCGAUCUUAGUAGCCACCAUGAUCCAGAUACAAAGCAAGAAUCUAAUGCAGAUUUGACAAAGCGAAAAUCAGACAAUGAGAGAUUUCUUGAUGCUUGUGAACCAACUCGUGUUAUUCAUAUUACCGAGGAAGUUAACAGCAAGUCGAAAGGCUUGGAAGACCAAAUAAAGAUGCCUCAAGUUCCUCAUGUCGUUGAACUAGACGCAAAAUCUUCCUCUCGAUUUGAAGCAACUUCCGCAGAAGCAGAGCUUGACACGCUUCUUGGAUCAUUCCGUGAGACAAAUUUUUUCGGUACUCCUAUGAAUCAACCUAAAGUCUCUGUAUCACAUAAGGCCGGAAGCUUUUUAACUAAUGAAGCUCCAUUACAGCAUCCAUCGAGUCAAUCUGCAGCCGGGUUUCCCAUCACUAGCAGUCUAGAUGAUGAGCUUGAUGACCUUCUUGCUGAAACAUCAGAAUUGAGUGCUAAUAAAAAUGAUAUUUUUCAAUCCACGGUCCAGGUACCAGUGUCCUCUUCGCCCCAACACAGUUCUAAUCCGGUGGUUUUGGAAGAUUUUGAUUCUUGGUUAGAUACACUUGGAUAGUAGCUUCUGAACGAUUUGCUGUAUACUGUACCUAUGUAAAUCUUCGUCAAUUCAGUUUUAUGGUACAUUGACCCAAUCUGAUCAUUGCAAUUUGAUAAUUUCUGGCUUUUAAUCUUUGCCAGAAGUUUACUUCUCUUCUGGGAGAUUUGAAAUGAUCAAAAGUUUAGCAGCUGCCUUAGUCCUUUGACCGCAAGAAUUAGACUCCAGUCUCCAGUAUUAGUUAUGUACAUUUCUUGUAUUAGAUACAUAUUCUUUUGUUCUAUUAUACUUGUAACUGAUAGUAUGAUACUUACAACAUAAUAUGUCAAAAUAAAUUGCAAUUAUUUCAAAACGGAGGCAAUAAAAACCUUUUUGAAAGAA